GAAGCACGAACAGGGAGAACCUGUAAAGUACCACCUCAGUCUUCAAGACGUAAGAAUUUUGAGUUUGAGCCACUUUCUACCACUGCCCUGAUUCUUGAGGACCGGCCAUCGAAUGAUGAUGUGUACCUGUAGUCCCUUCUGUCCAGGAGCUGAGGAAUCUUCCUGCAAAGUCUGUGGAAGAAGCUUUACGUCACCGGCAAGAGUAUGAUGAGAUGGUGGCUGAAGCGAAAAAACGAGAAAUUAAAGAAGCACAUAAAAGAAAAAGAAUAAUGAAAGAACGAUUUAAGCAGGAAGAAAGCAUUGCAAGUGCAAUGGUAAUUUGGAUCAAUGAGAUACUGCCCAAUUGGGAAGUAAUGCGUAGUACAAGAAGAGUUCGAGAAUUGUGGUGGCAGGGAUUGCCCCCUAGUGUUCGUGGGAAAGUUUGGAGUCUAGCUGUAGGAAAUGAACUAAAUAUCACUCCUGAACUGUAUGAAAUCUUUCUUUCGAGAGCAAGAGAACGGUGGAAGAGCUUCAGUGAAACCAGUUCUGAUAGUGACAUUGAAGGUUUAUCUGUUGCCGACCGAGAGGCUAGCCUGGAAUUAAUUAAGUUGGACAUAUCCCGUACAUUUCCAUCUCUCUACAUCUUUCAGAAGGGUGGUCCAUAUCAUGAUGUUUUACAUAGUGUCUUAGGGGCAUAUACAUGUUACAGACCUGAUGUUGGUUAUGUCCAAGGGAUGUCCUUCAUUGCAGCUGUGCUCAUUCUCAAUUUGGAAGAAGCAGACGCCUUCAUUGCAUUUGCAAAUCUCCUAAAUAAGCCAUGCCAGUUGGCCUUUUUCCGAGUGGACCACAGCAUGAUGUUGAAGUAUUUUGCAACAUUUGAAGUAUUCUUUGAGGAAAACCUGUCCAAACUAUUUCUUCAUUUCAAGUCAUAUAGUCUUACACCAGAUAUAUACUUGAUAGAUUGGAUCUUCACGCUGUACAGCAAGUCACUGCCACUUGAUCUGGCUUGUCGUGUCUGGGAUGUGUUUUGCAGAGAUGGAGAGGAAUUUUUAUUUAGGACUGGAUUGGGGAUUCUCCGGCUAUAUGAAGAUAUACUCCUACAGAUGGACUUUAUUCAUAUAGCACAAUUUCUCACCAAAUUGCCAGAAGAUAUCACAUCAGAAAAGCUUUUCAGCUGUAUUGCAGCCAUUCAGAUGCAGAAUAGCACCAAAAAAUGGACUCAGGUCUUUGCAUCUGUAACGAAGGACGUUAAAGAAGGGGAUAAGAACUGCAGUCCUGCUCUGAAGAGCUGACAUUGGAGUCAGGGACAAACUGAAAUGCAAAAGCUAAUUUUGGGGCAGUUUCUUGUUUGAUGCUGAUAGCAUGGAAAGAAGUGCUAGAGAGAAGAAUCAGAGCUGCAAAACUGCUGGGUUGAACUUCCAUGGCUGAAGGAAAUGAAAUACGUAAUUUAUUGACAGUAUUAACAAAAAAGUACCUGGAAGAGCCAUUUUUCACAGGAAAAGGCUUAGAUGGCCUUUACAUACUCCUUAAUUUGGAGUGAAUACUUUAAAUGCAAUAAUUUUUAAAAAAUAGUUUCAACAGAAACUUCAAUUUUUUUUUAUAUUUUUUCUUUUUUAACAAUUACCACAAACACACUUCAGGGGUCAGAAUAGGAUUGUUAAAUCCUACUUUAACCUCCAAAAAAGAUAGGAUACAUGUAUUAUCUCCAGUUCGGGGCGUUUGAAGCUAUUGUAGACCAAUAGUAAGCAUCUACAUUGUAUGUUAUUGAAGUCACUGUAACUCCUGCUUACCAUAUCAUAGGCUAGGGCAGUUCUGACCCUCUUAGACUGGAAAUGUUGGUGGGACAUUGUUUCUUGUUUUGUUUAUGGUGUUUCCCACAGUGUUGUGUCCCUUUGCUUUUGAAGAGAAAUUCUUUCUCUAAGGAGUUUCUAUUACAGAAGAAUUUUAGCCUUUUUGUUUCUUGUCUGACAAAUUGUUAGGUAGUAACUUAACAUUAAAAAACUAACUGGUAGAAUGAAAGAUCUUUUUGCACUUUAGUGGACUGAAGACUUGACUUUGAGAGUAAGAAUAAAAAAGCAAUGAAUUCUAAGAGUUCUAGAUAACACACUACUUACAAGACUUGAAUUUUUUUAGUUAAAAUCCAUCUUCUAUCUAUAGAAACAAAUUUUAUUAAUUUCAGUUUGAAAUUUGAAAUCUUACAUAGCUAAGUCUAAGACUUGUGAAACUCUAUGCAUAUUUUUUCUAAUUGAUGGGAAUAAUAGUAAAAGUAAUUUUACCUUUUUUCUUAGUCUUUUUGAUGGCAUCUCAUAUAAAUUAUUAAUCAUUGGUAAACUGGCAUUAAAUUUAUUAUACUUAAUUUUUGAACCUAACCUAAAUCAUUUGAAUUAUUAUGGGUCACAUCUGUACAAAAUACUGUUUGGUUACUGAUUAGAUUUAUACUGUUUUGAUGUUGCAAUUUGGUUUGAAAUAACAUAGAAGCACACAUUUCAGAUUCAGUGGUGGACAAUACAUAUAUAUAUAUAUAUAUAUAUAUAUAUAUAUAUAUAUAUAUAUAUAUAUAUAUAUAGACUAAAAAGCCAGAGAUUCUUCCUUAUGGUAUAAUAAAUUGCCUAAGGAAUAUGGGACCAGAGGGUGUCCAUAUAUUUUUACCCUAUGGGUUGAUCAUUCUAGCCUCGGGAACCCUGAAGAGUUAACUCCUAUCGAAGGGGCUGGCUCCGUGAAACUGGUAGUGUUAUAAAAUACUGAAGGAGUUUUUAGAGUCUUAAUAGGUUUUAGAAUGAGCUUUUAACUCUUGUGACUAUGCCUUGAUAUUGGUGUCCUCAUAAAGGGCACAUAAGCUCUGGCAGAAAUCUCUGAAUCCACUUGGCCUGGAUUUAAUUUUACUUUCAGGUAUUAGUUUCCUGAAGUUGUCUUAUGUUCUAUAUUUCUUCUUUUUACCUUUUUUAUUGUACAGUUUCUUUACCUUCCAAGUAUAAAUGUGUAUAUAAAAUGUAAAUAUAAGAAAGUCACUAAAAACCACUAGUAACAAUUACUAUGAAAAUAAAACUUGUAAGCAGAA